CCAGUUCGCCAUCCCUGUGAGUAUUUGCCGUGGAAUGUGGGGGAACUCCUGAACCCGAGCCUUGCCGACCCAGGCCAUCAACGUCACGUCUUCGUCCGUCGCCAAUGCAGUCCUAGAGGCCGCCCGGUAACGAUCCUACUCUGCGCACACCUAUAUCACCGAGUUCAUUGGCGAGCACAGGGAUGUCAAAUCGCCCAUCAUCCUCCAAGUCUCUCAAGGAGGAGCUGCCUACUUCGCUGGGAAGGGUUUGGCCAACGAUAAGCAGCAGGCU